AUGCCUAAAUGGAACAAACAAACAUUAGAUGAGUAUUGUUAUGUUUACCACGUUCCUAUAAUAUCCUUCAUUGGAAGCAAGUCAGGCGACCGCUACCAGAGAAUUCAAGUGAAGGCAAGUUUUGGGGCAAGCGAUUUGAAGUUCAAAAUCGGUUUAUAGGGAUCUUCCCUUCAUCUGUGGCAACAUCAGACUGUUGAUAGACUUCUUGUUGAGAAAUCUAGUCUGAACAAAGUAGCCAAGGCCGGUGUUGAACGAAGAGGCGUUUCCUCCAACCAGUGGGUGCUUUUCGAAAAUGACGAUUCAACAAAGUUUGAGCCGGUAUUGUUAGAAACUCAAUUUAUAUACCAACUGGCCUUUUUUAAAGCUUUUGUCUGUCUUGAGCGACGAAAAGUCCAAGUUAUUCGCAGCAAUUUGGGACAAAGGACAAGAAGACGGCGUUCAGCGGGUACUUUUCGGUCAUAACAUAACCGAUUGGACUGUUAAGGUGAGAAAGAAGCUUUUAUCAGAUAACUUAUAAACUUCAGUUGAUAUUUUAUGAUACCCUCAACUGGGCCCUUGGAAAUAGCUCCUCAUUCUCUCUUGAGCGCUUCGUCGAGGUUUUAAAUUUUUCUUUUGAACCAUUUCCACUUCUCAUUCAAGAACAUUUCUCAAAAACUGCAUAGUUUCAUAAUAGAAAGCUUCUUUGAAAUAUCAACAUGAAAUAAUUUCAGAUAGACAUAGAUGACAUUUUUGUGGGCGCACAAGGAACACGUAUAGUGGAGGAAGAUGUCCGGUACGUUCCCAAUUUAAAAUUUGUUUAUUUUUCAUGUUUCAAGGGCACUCCUGAGAUGUCAAAAUGAAUUCCGUAAAUAUGUUCAAAACUUCACCUUCAUGUUGGGUUUCUCGGGAAGUUACUUUCGCAAUGGCGACUCUGACGAAGACCGUGGCGACGAGUACCUUGUCGGUACGUCUUCACAGCUUUUUUCUGAUUGAAAAGUUACAUCGCUAGAAAUGGCUUCGAAUUUUCUGUGGUUCCCACACAUGUGGCGACACAAUCAUGCCCAUGAGCACAAUUUCACAUAUCUCGAGGCUAUCAUGUCGCAGAAUAAACUUUUCGCGGAGGUCAGCCGUUCGAAGCAAAAUGCUUCUAAUCGGACGGUUUCAGAGCAUGAAGCUGCCUGUGAAACAUGGCUAUGCGAUUGCUCCACAGCAUGACGGUGUGUUUCCAGUGCACGAAGAAAUGUACAAAGCUUGGAAAAAGGUCAUUGAAACAUUUUGAGAAAGUAUUUUCAAAUCUUAUUGGCAUUUUAGGUUUGGAACGUCAGUGUUACCGCUACGGAGGAGUAUCCUCAUUUCAAACCGCCUUCGGAGAGACGUGGUUUUAUCUAUAAAAAUGUUUCGGUACGUUAUGCGACUUCCUCUCCAGUAAAAAAUCUUCAAAACUUGAUCAACUGUUUUCGAUGAAAUAGGAAUUUAUAGGUUUUACCACGACAAACUUGUGGUCUUUAUACCCAUACUCAAUUUUUCGAUGAUUAUCCUGACGGCUUCGAUAAAGUGAUUUCUUCGUUGAGAGGCGGUGACCUUUUCUUCACGAUUGUUACCAAUCCGGUAAUUUCGAAGUCCUAGGCUUCUUUCAAGUCGUCAACUUCAGGUAUCGAUAUUUAUGACGCAUCAGCAGAACUACGCCCACGAUCGAUUAGCUAUUUAUACCUUUGAAAAUCUUUUUCGUUUUGUGCGUUGCUGGACGAACUUGCGAUUGCGGUGGCAGGAUCCUUUGGCUUCAGCGAAAGAGUAUUUUCGUCUUUUCUCCGGCGAAAAGUUUCCUAUUUGGACGGUAAAAGAAGUCAAAGCCAUUGAAAUGAAGUUUUAUUGAUUUCAGGAUCCAUGCACGGAUUCCCGUCAUCGUACAAUUGUUCCUCCAACUUUCAACUGCUCUGCAAGGGUUCUUCCAAAUUUGCUCAUAGUUGGACCACAGAAAACAGGUACCAUUUCGCAUUAUCUUUUUUGAAGAGCCAGAUCCUUUUUUAGGAACGACCGCGUUGUCUUCUUUCCUAACCCUUCAUCCAGACGUAAGUCAAAAUUCUCCGGAUCCUCGAAGUUUUGAGGAGCUGCAGUUUUUUGGUGGUUCAAACUACGAGAACGGCAUCGAAUGGUGAGUAAUAGCUCUUGACUUGAGAGCUGAUAUGUACUUAUAUUUUUUGAAGAUGAUUUCCUAAUAGGUACUCGCGUCAUUUUCGCCACUCGAUCGUGGUUUUUGAGAAAAGUGCCACAUACUUUGACAAUCCGAACGCCCCAAAACAAGCGGCUGCCCUGGUCCCCAACACAAAAGUUUUGAUUGUCCUCUACGACCCAGCCAAAAGAGCCUACUCCUGGUUUCAAGUUGGAAUUUUACUUCUUCAAUCCUCCCAUCGUUCGUCUUGAGCACUUGAUCGCCCACAACGAUAGUGGAGCCCUGUCCGCCGGCAGCUUAGACGUCAUUCUUGACGCCAACGAAGGCUUCGCGGAAGAAGGGACCUCGUUGAAAAACGUUGAAGCGUGGAAAAAAAUCGCCAGGAGAUGUCUUUCUGGGGGCCGGUAAUAGCUCCUUUUGACAGUGAAUUCACUCUUCAUCGAAUUUCAGUUACACUCAACAUUUGGAAAGAUGGCUUCAAUUUUUUCCGCUGUCACAAAUUGUUUUUCUAGACGGAGAGAAGUUUCUAGAAAAGCCUGCCGAGGUUUCAUCUACCUACGAAAGUCUUUUUACUUUUAUCCUUCUUAGGUUCUUCACGAACUCGUCGAGAAGUUGGAUUUGCCUGCCUUCGAUUUCGCUAACUAUAUCAAGUUCAGCAAAAGCAAAGGGUUCCAUUGUCGGGUUCGUAAUUUUUGGUUUCAGAUGUUGUAAUGAAAAAAUUCUUAAAUUUCCGGGCUAUUUCCGCUAUUUUUUCCACAAUUCCGCUUUCGGUAGUUUUCUAUUGACGUGUUCAUAGUGAUUUCGGCGAUUAAAAAAAAGACAUUUUAUUUGUUUGAAAUUAUUUCGGAAAACAGGAAAAUAUGUAAUUCCGGGAUGGAGUAAAAAAAUUCCUACAACGAUAAAUCGCGAUAUAUCAAUUUUUUUAUAGUAACUUUUACGCGCGAGUUUGAAAUUUCCGUGGAAGAUGCGCAAAUAAUUGCAAAAUUUGGAGUUCGCGCGUAAAUUUAUAGAAAUUUUUUUGAUUUUUUUAUGGUAGAUUAACACGGGAUUUUAAAAUUUUCGUUGAGAAUAAUUUCCAAAUGUCAAGUUCACGCGUGAAAAUUUACCUAAUUCCAGAAAUCAUUCUAAACAAAUAAUGCGUCAAUUUUGAUAUUGCCGAAAUCGCUUUGAACACGAAAUUGAAGACGAUUUCACGAUGUUAGUUGUUAACGUUCAGUUCUAAAAGAAAUUAAUUGCAGGUUGUUCAGAACAAGCUCAAAUGUCUCGGGAAAGGCAAAGGAAGAAGUUAUGCUCCGAUGUCCGAGGCGACCAGGAUGCGCCUCGGAAAGCAUUUUUCCCUUCACAACUCGGCGUUGCACAAAUUUCUGCGACGUAGUGGAGAACCUGUACCUAAAUGGCUGAAAAUCGACUGA